CCACUACAAAAACAAAUCAUAUGUUAUUAUGAGCCCCGUUUACCAACUCCUUAAGCUUCAAGACAAAGAGGCAAAAGUGUCCAAUGUAAACUUCAUAUUUACGCAAAACUUGAUAACUGGAGUUGUUACAAUCCUUCCAUGCAAAAACUAACAAGAGGUUUCUGGGUUCAAAGAAGUAAUGAUGAUUAUCUGGUAGUAGUAAUGCUUAAAAUGUACCCCUUUCAUCAUCAACAUUCUUGCUUAACGAAUUCACUGUCUAGGGCCUUCAUCAUCUCUAUAUAUAACAUUAUUGUGCUUUUAAUUCCUUCAGUGCAAAGUCAAUUAGAGAGAGCUUAGAGAGAAUCCAUACCAUGUUUGUCAUUGCUGCAAUUUUGAGAUCCCUUUUCAUCAUUCUAUCAGUGUCUUCACUAGGAGCUUCAUUAAGCUUGAAUUACUAUGAGAAAACAUGCCCUGAUGCAGAGUUGAUAGUUGCAAAAGCAGUCAGGAAUGCAAUCAUGAAAGACAAAACGGUGGCUGCAGCCUUACUCAGAAUGCAUUUUCAUGACUGUUUCAUAAGGGGCUGUGAUGCCUCUGUGUUGUUGAACUCCCAAGGGAGUGACAAAGCAGAGAAAGACGGGCCGCCUAAUGUUUCACUGCGCUCGUUUUAUGUAAUUGACAAUGCCAAGGAAGAACUGGAAGCUGUGUGUCCUGGUGUGGUAUCAUGUGCUGAUAUCUUGGCUUGUGCUGCCAGAGAUGCAGUUGGUCUAUCUGGAGGUCCUACAUGGGAGGUGCCAAAAGGAAGGAAAGAUGGUAUAGUGUCUAGAGCCAGUGAAACAACACAAUUGCCAGCUCCAACCUUUAGCAUAUCGCAGCUGCAACAAAGCUUUUCUCAGAGAGGUUUAUCCAUGAAUGACCUAGUGGCUCUUUCAGGAGGGCAUACUCUAGGAUUUUCUCAUUGUUCAUCCUUCCAAAGCAGAAUCCGCAAUUUCAACGCUACACACGAUAUAGAUCCUUCAAUGCAUCCAUCCUUUGCAGAAAGCUUAAAGAAAGUGUGCCCAGUAAAAAAACAAGAGAAGAAUGCUGGUGCUACCAUGGAUCCUUCUGCGACCACUUUUGAUAACACAUACUUCAAAUUAAUUCUCCAGGGAAAAGGCCUCUUCUCUUCAGACCAAGCUCUAGUCAGUAUUCCUAAGACUAAAGACUUGGUGUCCAAGUUUGCUAGUUCACAAGGAGCUUUCUCAGAGGCCUUCGUGAACUCCAUGAUCAAGAUGAGCAGCAUCACAGGUGGACAGGAGGUUAGGAAGGACUGUAGGGUGGUAAAUUAGUAAUUACCUUAGGUUUUUCGGUCAUAGCUAUGAGAGCUGGGUAAUCAAUUAAAGGGACUACUUAUUUUUA